AUGGGCUUUUUUAAGUUGAGUUUGGCCGUUUGCGUUUUUGUCGCAGUAACACAGGGUAAGCAGAACGAGAAGAGAAGUGCAUCUGGAUGGGAUGUAGCUGGUUUGAUUCCCGUGGGCAGCUUAAUUCAUGUGUCCACUGCAAAUGGGGUUGGACACAGCGUUAGUGAUCCGAGCUCAGAUGUGGCGGGUGCUAUUGCUGCAGCGAAAGCGGCAGCGUCCGCUGUCAUGGCGGCACAGCGACAAGUCGCUGCUGCGAAACACGCAGCGUUGGAGCAUCAAAGCUUCGCGAGUGCGAAGGAGGCUGAAGCGGCCCACGCUGCUCACAGAAGUGAAGAAGCUGCCCGCGUAGCUAGAGCUCACGCUCUCGAAGCAGCGCAGGCGGCAGUACAUGCUCAAGCGCAACUGGCUUCGGCAAAGGCACGUGCUGCUACUGCACAGAAAAUUGCUGCAGCACGCGAAGCAGCUGCCGCUAGAGCGAUACAGCGCGCUGCUAACAAUCAGGCGGCGAGGCUGCAAAGUGCCGAUCUUGAAGCACUGAAGCUUUCCGUGCUGCAAAGUUCAGGAGCUGCAGGUGCAGCUGGUGCAGCACAACAUGCUGCUACAUCUGCUGCUGCUGCUCUACGCCCAUCAUGGAACCCAGGCUGGCCGGCGGCUGAUUGGACACCGACUUCUGGUCCUUGGGCGUGGUCUUAA